AUGGAGGCGCUGAGGCGGGCGCUGGGGCUGCGGCGCCCAGUGGCCCACAGCGAAAACAAGCUGCUGCUGAAGAACCUGAACGAGCAAGGCGCCCCCCAAGUGACGGAUGUAAAGGCAGAGGACUACCCCAUCCCGAAUAAGUACCUAGAAGACCCGGAGAGAAUCCCCAAAUACUACGUCUUCCAAUCUAACAUGGUGACGGAUGAGGAUCUGCAGCCUGGGAUGUUACGGCAGUUAGAAGUAGAUAGACGAUUAACUCUGCCCACGAGGACCCACAUUUCCUUUUUGGUGACGGCCACGGAUGUUAUUCACUCCUGGUCCAUCCCGAGCCUGGGCAUUAAGGCGGAUGCCAUUCCAGGGCGCUUACACAAGGUGACGACGUUUAUCUUGAGGGAGGGCGUCUACUAUGGGCAGUGCUCCGAAAUGUGCGGCACUCUCCACGGGUUUAUGCCCAUCGUUGUGGAGGCCGUGUCCCCCGAGGCCUACGCCGCGCACGCGAAGAAGUACUACCGGGAUUAG